AUGGAUGUGCCAGAUCGACCAACAUCCAUGAUUGAUCCUGAGUCCGGAGACUGCAGUCUUCUCCUUUUUCUGGGUGCGCCUGAGCGACAAGCAACCAAGUCGGUGGCUGGCCGAGGGGUAUCCGGUCGAGGUGUACCAUCGAAGGCUAAAGAAUUAGCUGUUCGAGGGGAACCACUAUCGAAUAUUUUCUCGGGACCAGAUGACUUUAGUCCAUAUCUUAUAUUGGAUGCGCCUGAUCGACUAGCUUCCAAAUUCGGGACUUCCCGUAUAGCGCCAUCUCCAGAUGUGUCUGAACGACAAGCAUCUGAAUCCGGGGCGAACGGAAUCUUCAUCCCUCCGAUGGAUGUGCCAGAACGACCAGCAUCCAAGUCCGUGCCUAAAGUCACACUGGCAUAA